UUUCACUAUUUUACUCUAUUUUUAGAGAAAACCAAUACCUCAUAGUUAUCUAAUGUGAGCUUUGAGUUCAUGUUUGUGUCUGCUCGAGCAACCUAUAUCUUAGUAGCAACCGGUGAGCUCGCGUUACCUACUUACAGAUAAAGCUAAAUUAAACUAGCUAGCUCACUAUUUACUUUUCCUAUGACAUAGUUAUUCCCUCUGGCACUUUCUAGAUCCGUGUUUGCUGAUACAGAGUGUCGCCACAUAGUAGAGUCGACACAGCCCCAGUAUGAAGCAUGGACAGUCACAAUAUCACCAAAGUGAUCCUGCUGUCCUGUGGCUCCUUCAACCCCAUCACCAACAUGCACCUGAGGAUGUUUGAACUGGCUCGAGAUCAUUUGGAGGACACAGGUCGGUACAGGGUGGUGAAAGGCAUCCUCUCUCCGGUGGGUGAUGGCUAUAAGAAGAAGGGUUUGAUUGAGGCCUGCCACCGUCUGGAGAUGGCCAGACUGGCUACUGAGAACUCAGACUGGAUCACAGUUGAUUCCUGGGAAAUCUUGCAGCCAGAGUGGGUGGAGACAGCCAAAGUCGCUCGGCAUCACUAUGACGAACUGCUUGCAGCAGAGCAGAACAGCGAUGAUGUGGACACGGUGAAGUACGCAAAAAAAAGGCGUAUAGAGGAGAAUUAUUUUGAGGACUCGUCUUAUCACAAAAAAAGAGACGGGCCUCAGCUGAUGUUGCUGUGCGGGGCUGAUGUCCUGGAGUCCUUUGGGGUCCCUAACUUGUGGAAGCAGGAGGAUAUUGAUGAGAUUGCGGGCCGCUACGGUUUGGUUUGCAUCACCCGCAGUGGUAACAAUCCCCACAAGUUCAUCCACCAGUCAGACACGCUGUGGAAGUAUCGCAAGAAUAUCCAUGUGGUCCAUGAGUGGGUGACCAAUGAGAUCUCGGCCACUCACGUGCGCCGGUCGCUGCGUCGGGGUCGGAGCGUCAGGUACCUGCUGCCAGAUGUUGUGGUUCAUUACAUACAGGAGCAGGGCCUCUACAGCGCCGAGAGCGAGCAGAAGAAUGCAGACGUGGUUCUGGCACCCCUUCAGAGAAACACUGGUGCCUCCACAAGCUGAGGAAGUUUACAGCCGCAAAGACAGAGAUAUAAGCUGUCAACACAAAGUGGUGCGUGCCUAAUGUGAAUCUAAAACUAAUCAACACUUUAGACAGCCUCGUUUUUAAGCUUCAAACAGUGCCUACUACACAGAACAGUCUUUUCUAGUAAUGGGUGUGUUUUUUAGGAAGAUAAAUCUGCAUAGAUUUUCUGAUUGGAGUUCAGAUUUUGGUUACAAUUCAGUUAGCUUAUUUUUUUGUGUGUGGAAACAGUCAAAAACAGAAUAACUGAGCAGCAGUUCAACCAGAUUGGGGGACACCUUGAUGUAACAGCUACUGUAGAAAUAAAUGAUGUGUGUAGCUUUUGAACUAGGUUUUCACAAAUAUGUGUGAAGUAGUUGAAUACAGUGUGUCAGGUAUUUCAGAACAAAUACAUUUUAAUCUUUUUACUUGUUUUACUUCACUGCUACAGUAUACUCAACUCACCUCACCACAUGUUUUGUACCUGGAGCAGGUUUUGCUAUGCACUCAAGCUAAAGUAGGCCAAACGCCUUCAACAUGUUUACUUAGUGCAGCUGAUUUGAAAGUGAAAGUGUGAUUUGUAUCGACUAGGAAUGCAAUAAACAACAUUCUU